CGAGUGUCGACUGUCUCAGGAUCGCCUGCCACCUCAAGGCAAGAUCCACCGGGUGCAAGCAGAGUACAGCUAACAAGCUCUCAGUCCAAGCACCAUGGAAUCCAAGAAGGAAGAAGCGAGGAGGAAACACAUCCGUCUGCACAUGGAAGGGACUCUCACGGCCCGGGACAAGGUCGGAGUGCAGGACUUUGUGCUACUGGACGCCUACACCAGCGAGUCCGCCUUCCUGGAGAAUCUUCGCAAGCGUUUCCGGGAGAACCUCAUCUAUACAUAUAUCGGGACGCUGCUUGUGUCUGUGAAUCCGUACCAGGAACUGGGGAUCUACACUGCCAGCCAGAUGGAACUCUAUCAAGGGGUCAACUUCUUUGAACUGCCCCCACACGUCUACGCCAUCGCCGACAAUGCCUAUCGCAUGAUGUGCUCAGAGCUCAACAACCACUUCAUCCUCAUCUCCGGGGAGAGCGGGGCUGGGAAGACAGAGGCCUCCAAGAAGAUCCUCCAGUACUUCGCAGUGACCUGCCCCAUGACAGAGUCACUCCAAAUAGCCCGAGACAGGCUGCUGCUCUCCAUCCCGGUCCUGGAGGCUUUCGGAAAUGCCAAAACAGUCCGGAACGACAACUCCAGCAGAUUUGGGAAAUACAUGGACAUCCAGUUUGACUUUCAGGGCAUUCCUGUAGGUGGGCAUAUCAUCAGUUACUUGAUCGAAAAAUCCCGAGUCGUCCAUCAAAACCACGGCGAGCGGAAUUUCCACAUCUUCUACCAGCUGCUAGCCGGUGGGGAAGCGGGGCGCCUUGCUUCCCUGGGGCUCGAGCAAGACCCCCAGCUGUACAAGUACCUCUCACAGGGUCACUGUGCCAGAGAGACACCCAUCAACGACAAGAAUGACUGGAAAACUGUGUCCAGUGCCUUUUCUGUCAUUGGUUUUACUGCGGCUGACCUUGAGAACCUCUUUGGGAUUAUCGCCAGCGUCCUGCACCUGGGCAACAUUUGUUUCAAGGAGGACAAACAAGGCUGUGCCAGCGUGCCAGACACCCACGAAAUCAAGUGGAUUGCCAAGCUCCUGGGGCUCUGCCCAGCAGUUCUUCUGGAAGCUCUCACCCACAGAAAGAUUGAAGCCAAAACAGAGGAGGUGAUAUGCCCACUGACAGGAGAACUCUCUGUUUAUGCCAGAGAUGCCAUGGCAAAGGCUGUUUACGGACGGACAUUUACUUGGUUGGUCAAUAAAAUCAAUUCUUCCUUAGUUAACAAGGACUUCACCCAAAAGACUGUGAUUGGGUUGUUGGACAUCUACGGCUUUGAAGUCUUUGACAAAAACGGUUUUGAACAGUUCUGUAUAAAUUACUGCAACGAGAAACUGCAGCAGCUGCUGAUAGAGAGGACGCUGAAGGCCGAGCAGGCUGAGUACGAAUCCGAAGGCAUCGAGUGGGAGCCCGUCCAGUACUUCAACAACAAGAUCAUCUGCGACUUGGUAGAAGAGAGGCACAGAGGGAUCAUCUCUAUUCUGGAUGAAGAAUGCAUCCGCCCAGGCCCUGCUACAGACUUGAGUUUUCUGGAGAAGCUGGAGGAGAAAGUGGGCACGCAUGCCCACUUCCAAACCCGGAAGCUGGCUGGUCCAAGGGGCCGGAAGAGGAUCGGCUGCCUGGAGUUCUGCCUCCUGCACUACGCAGGAGAGGUCACUUACUGCACCAAAGGGUUCUUGGAGAAAAACAACGACCUGCUAUACAGACACCUGAAGGAGGUGCUGUGCAGGUCCAAGAACAGCAUCCUGAGGGAGUGUUUCCUGGUGGCAGAGCUUGAAAACUGGAGGCGGCCACCCACGGUUGGGACUCAGUUUAAGAACAGCCUGAGCAGCCUCCUGGAAAUCCUCAUCUCCAAGGAGCCCUCGUACAUCCGCUGCAUCAAACCCAAUGAGCGGAAGGAGCCCAGCAAGUUUGACGACUUCCUCAUCAGCCAUCAGAUCAAAUACUUGGGGCUGAUGGAGCAUCUGCGCGUGCGGCGGGCAGGCUUUGCCUACAGGCGCAAGUACGAGCAUUUCCUGCAGAGGUACAAGUCAUUGUGCCCAGACACCUGGCCGCACUGGCACGGACCCCCCGGAGAGGGUGUGGAGCGGCUGAUCAAGUAUAUUGGCUACCAACCUCAGGACUACAAGCUAGGAAAAACCAAAAUAUUCAUUCGCUUCCCCAGAACCCUGUUUGCCACUGAAGAUGCCUUUGAAUUUAGUAAACAUCAAUUAGUUUCAAGAAUCCAAGCCGCAUACAAAGGCUGCCUAGGAAGGAGAGAAUUCGUGAGGAAGAGACAAGCAGCCACUAAGUUAGAAGCCCACUGGCGUGGAGCCCUGGCUCGGAAGGAGAUCAAGAGGAGGAAAUGGGCGGUGCAGACCAUACGGAGGUUUGUCAAGGGCUUCAUCAACCGUGACAAACCCUUGUGUCCUGACAAUGAGGAGUUUGUGGUGCUCGUGAGGAAGAAUUACAUCUUGAAUCUUCGCUACCAUGUGCCAAAAAGUGUCCUGGACAAGAGCUGGCUAAGGCCUCCGGGCAUCCUGGAAAAUGCUUCUGAUCUGCUUAGGAAGAUGUGCCUGCGGAACCUUGUUCGGAAAUACUGCCGUGGAGUCACAGCUGAGAGGAGAGCCAUGAUGCAGCAAAAGGUGGUCACCAGUGACAUAUUUAAGGGGAAGAAGGCAGGCUACACAGAGAGCUUAAACCAACCCUUUGCCAGCAGCCGGUUGGAUGAUGGUGACAUCAAUCCCAAAGUGCUUCAACUGCUUGGCACUGAGAAAAUCCAGUACGGUGCCCCGGUCAUCAAGUACGACAGGAAAGGCUUCAAGGCACGGCAGCGCCAACUCCUUCUCACUCCGAGAGCGGCAUACGUGGUGGAGUUUUCCAAGAUCAAGCAGAAGAUAGAGUACUCGGCGCUGAGGGGCGCCUCCACCAGCAGCCUGAGUGACGGAAUCCUGGUCCUUCAUGUUUCACCGGUGGACAAACAGCAAAAGGGGGACGUCAUCCUGCAGUGUGAGCACAUAUUUGAGGUGACCACUAAGCUUGCCAUGCUGACGAAGAAGGAGCACGCCGUCCAGGUUGUUCAAGGAAGUUUACAGUUUUACAUCGGUCCUGGGAAAGAAGGCACAAUAGUUUUUCAGAGUGGAGCGGAAGACCAAGUCUAUAAGGAUAAAAACGGACAGUUAACCGUGGUGUCAGCAGGAAAGAAGACCUGACAGAGGAUGACCUUGCCUUCCACGGUCACUCUUUCUGCUCUGAGCGGAGCACUGAGCAAGAGGGGAUUUGCUCCAGUUACCCACGCCCAAGGAAAGUGCCAGCAGCUCUUGGAAAAUGGGUUGCACAGCAGAACCUAUGCUGUGGCAAAGCCAGACCUCAUCUUCUUGGGUGCCAGCUGGCACUGCAUCCAGAUGUUUCCUGGGAGCCAACCUGUAGUCAUCCCCCCUGUCCACAGUAGAACCCAAUCUAGGCACACAAAGAAGUCAUCAUGUGGGGGUGGGGGUCUCUGUACCUCUGAAGGGAAUUUUGUUGAGACCCAAUUUGAACUCUGCUGUAAAUGAUACUCACAUGCUGCCGGGGACUGGGCUAGGCUCCCACAUCCCAGAGGGUAAGUAGAGCCUGACCCAAUCUGGUAACACCAGUUGAUUCCUUGUUUUUUCACAAGCCCCUCAGCUUCCUUAGUGUUUCCGCCUACUGACAAAUGACUGGACUUUGAAGUAGGAUGUAGUGGCCUUGCUCUUUGUUGAAUGUCAGUGGUCCUGCUGAGCCAGGUGUCCCGAAAAGACCAGGAGGCGGGUAUGAGGAGAAGCACAGUUUAACGUUUAUUUAACAUGUGUCUGCAGACGCUUGUACAACAGUGAGCACUUCUAAAACUCCCAGCAUUGUUUCAUAGUGCACAGACAGGAAGGUUAGCGAUGUGCUUAACGUGACCAGUGACUGGGUGGAGCCCUCUAGCCUGCACAUACUUUGGGGGAGCGCCGAGGACCAGCAGCAGGUAUGGGAGGCUGCACCUAAAUGGGACCACAGCUUCCAGGGAGGUCCAACAGCCCAUCUUCCACAGGAAGGCAACAGGAGGCUGUGCCAGGACUUGCUGGGGGUGUGGGCCCUAGUUGCCACAAACACUGAACUUGGUUACCAUGAACAAAAAGCUAUCCAAUGUAUUUUAACUGUGAGCCCUUCGUGUGCAGUAAAGCAUCACUCUUCACACCAAA